GGCAAGGCACGUGCUCCGUGGGUUUUAUAUUCCAGAGCAAAAUCUGAAGGGAGCAGUUUCCUAAAUUGAGCUGGGAAGCGGUGUUUCCAGAAGUCUAAAACUUGGAAAUGACUGAUAUCAGAAGUUUGUCCACGGUGACCUGUUCCUUCAGUUAAAAUUCUGUCUCUACUGGGCUCCGUGGGGAAUGUGAGCACUGGAAAUCCUGGCUGGGCUUGGAACUUGGGGAGCUCACUUCUAGGUGCUGAAAUUACAGGGGCCGUCAAGCAGAUUUUGUUUCAGACAUAUUGAUGAACUCCGGUGCACAUUCAGCACACCAGUUAGCAGAGCUACACUUGUGCUGCAGAUCAAUAUCACCUUUUGCAGAAGCUCAGCAGGAGCUUGGUUUGCCUGCUGUUGCAAGACAUGAAGUAGAAAAUGUGCAUCAACCACGCUCCCUAAGAGAAGUGGAAUAAACUAGAGCUUCCCUCAGGGCAGAGAGAAGUGCUGAAGCCCUCAAAACCUCCGCCUACCCUCGUCCCUGGUCCCAUUAUGCAGUUAGAAGCAAAUGAGGAUAUUUUUCAGAAGAAGAGGUGAGGGAUUAGGCCUGAUUUAAGUCUGCAAGGAUCAUAGAAUUAAGGUCUGUUAAGGAAUCUGACAAAUGGAUGGCGAUGGAAACACCAGGAUUUAGCAUCUCAGCAAAAUGAAGUGUGUGCCCAUCUGCCAGUGUGUGCUGCAGGGAUCCUGCCAAGGCUGCCCGACCCUCUUACCCGAGUGACAGCAGAGCCAGCAACUUCUGCACACCCAGUUUAGGAACUUCAUGCUCUGAACAUGACAGUGGCUGUUCCUCAUCCCCCUGUAAGAAUGGUGGGAGCUGUAAGGAUUUGGAAGGGGGUUACCAGUGCACCUGCCCCACGCAGCCCGUGGCCUACGCGGGCACAGACUGUGAACUCCUGUAUGACGCGUGCGAUAAACACGUGUGUCCUGCCCCGUGGAACUGCAGCGCGACUCCAGGACGGCUGGAAUACGAAUGCAUCUGUAUGCCUGGCCUCACAGGUACUGAUUGUCACGUUGGUGUUAAUGAGUGUGAGAGCAACCCUUGUAAAGACCCUCGUUUUGAAUGUGUAGAUAGUGUAAAUGGAUACACCUGUAAAUGCCAAACAGGACUGAAUGGAGAAGGCUGCCAAACAGAAAGCUCUGUGUGCUCUAGCCACCCCUGCCUAAAUAACGGGACGUGUGUCGAGGGUCCUGGGGACUAUUCCUGCGUCUGCCAGCCGGGCUUCACCGGGGCCAACUGCAGAGACACCAUUGAUGGAUGCGCCUCCAACCCCUGCCGGAACGGAGCCAUCUGCCGAGCCGGGGUGAAUGAGUAUAGCUGUUUCUGUGUGCCGGGGUUCCAAGGAUACAACUGUGAAAUAGACAUCAACGAGUGCGCGUCCCGGCCCUGUAAAAACAAUGGCACCUGCCUGAAUGAGAUGGAUCACUAUGUGUGCCAGUGCAUCCCCGGCUACACAGGUAUGAACUGUGAUGCUGAAAUAGAUGAAUGUGAAUCAGAGCCUUGCCAGAAUGGGGCCCUGUGCAAUGAUCAUGUUGGGUUCUACACCUGCACAUGUGCACCAGGCUACCAGGGAGUCCAGUGUGAGGUGGACAUCAAUGAAUGUGCGAGCCAGCCGUGCCAGCACAACGGGACAUGUCAUGACCUCGUUAACAGCUACCGGUGUGACUGCAGUGACACAGGCUUCGAGGGGAGCCACUGUGAGCUGGACAUCCUGGAGUGUGCCUCCCAGCCCUGUCUGAACGGUGCCCUGUGCGUGGAGGGAAUCAAAAGCUACAGCUGUGCCUGCUGGCCAGGUUACACGGGGCAGCACUGUGAGGAGGACGUGGAUGAGUGUGCAGCAGGUCCCUGUCACAACGGAGGCGUGUGCUUGGAGCGCUCCAACCCAGCCUACUACGGAACACGGCCCGACUUCCCCAGGAAUUUCAGCUACAGCCAAGCAGAUGGUUUCCUCUGUCAGUGCCAGCCAGGCUUUACAGGGGAGACCUGCUUCACUAACAUCGACGAGUGCGAGUCCCAGCCGUGUCAGAAUGGAGGGCUCUGCGUGGACCUUAUCAAUGGCUUCUCUUGUCACUGCCUGCCAGGUUACUCAGGUGUGGAAUGUGCUGUUAACAUCAAUGAGUGUGAGGAGGGUCCCUGCAAGAAUGGAGCUGUCUGUGAGGAUGGCAUUGCUGACUAUACCUGCCACUGUGCCCCUAGCCAGGAUGGCAUUGUAUGGGGAGGGAAGAACUGCUCGGUCAAGCUCACUGGGUGCCAGACGCACGACUGCCAAAAUGAGGCCUUGUGCAUCCCAACCUACCAAGCUGAGAGCCACGGCCACCUGUGCCAGUGCCAGCCUGGUUUCUAUGAUGCCACAUGCUCAACACCAACAACGUUUUCCUUUGCUUCCAGAGGGUAUCUCCUCGUUGAGCUGCCCGUGAACAAUCAGAGCAGGAGGGACGUAGCAGGAGAUGACCUUGCCAGCGUGUCCCUCCGCUUCAGAACCACCUUGCCCAGCGCCAUCCUUUUUUACCGAGGCCAUGAAGCUGAGUACUUGUUCCUGGAGCUCUUUGGUGGUGUUCUGCUGGCAGGACUGAAGAGGGAGGAUGUUGGGUACCUGAUGCUGCUGGAGGGGCUUAGAGUUGAUGAUGGCCAGUGGCAUAAAGUUGAAGUUGUUCUGCACAGCACUCUGCAGCUGAAGCUCUGGCAUGACUCCUGUGAUGCAGGUGUCUGCCUGAAGAGCUCUUCUGUCCCACAGGGCCCUGCUUCCAUCCCACCUGCCUUCCUCAACAUGUACAUUGGAGGUGCUGGGGAUCCAAUGGCCAACAACACACAGAGCCAGCAAGGCUUUGUCGGCUGUCUGGAGGACGUUCAGGUAGAUGCUGAACCUCUGCUGCCGGUGGAUCUGCCCAUGGAUGAGUCCUCCCCGGUGAAGAGGGGCUGUGACCGGACAGAGUGGUGCCUCUCCCAGCCCUGCUCUCAUGGAGGGCUCUGUGUGGACCUUUGGGCAACCUUCAGGUGUGACUGCUCCAGGCCUUACGGAGGCCCAGCUUGCUCAUAUGAGCGCCCAGCAGCGACAUUUGGCCUGGAGAAUUCCACCAGCUUUGCCUCCCUCACCCUUCCUGAUAGCCUUGGUGCAAACUUCAACGUCUCCUUUUUCAUUCGUAGUCGGAAACCAAAUGGUUUGCUCUUGCAAAUUGGCAACGAAACUGACCCCUGCCUCACCAUAUACCUGAAGAAUGGCAAGCUGAGGGUAGAGACGGCACCUACAGAUACUGUGACAUUUCCAGAAAAUUUAGUUGAUGGGAGAAGACAUUUGGUAGCUCUGUCUUUCCAAGGAGGAAUGGUUGGUGCUCACCAAUCAGACACCUAUGUGAAGCUGGGACAGCUCGUAGCAAGACCUCUUUUAGCUGGUUAUGGAGUGUAUAUUGGUGGACACCCUAACCCAGGCAGCACUGACAUGUGGGGAGGGUAUUUUAAAGGCUGUUUGCAAGACAUCCAACUGAACAGCCACCAAAUACAGUUUUUUCAGGUUGAGAACUACAGUCUGCCACAGGAACCCAACAGGACUCAAAAUGAUAACCUUGUGAAUGGUUGCAUCUCUGAUAACACCUGCAAGUCUGAACCGUGUCAGAAUGGUGGCAGUUGCAUUGUCACUUGGAAUGAUUUCCAUUGCAGCUGUCCAGCAAACUUCACCGGGAGAUUCUGUGAAGAGAGAGUCUGGUGUGAAAGUGACCCAUGUCCUGAAGCAACCACCUGUGUAGAUGUUGUAGCAGGAUACAUGUGUCUGGCUAACGCCACGUUUAAUAGUUACGCUGCCGUUGAAUUUACCACCAACUCAUCAGUGACCAGAACUCUGAGCAGCCUCCACGUAGAUUUCAGAACCAGGGAUGAAGAUGCUGUUUUGCUCCGGGCUGUGGAAGAAGUGGAUUCCCUCCAGGUAGCCAUCAAGAACUCCUCCCUGCUUGUUGACAUCAGGAGUGGGAAUAGCAUCGAAGGGGUCAGGUUCCUGAGCCAGAAGAGCGUCACGGAUGGUGCCUGGCACACCCUCUCCGUGUCCAUGGAGGAGCCAUCUGCGCUCUCCUCCCGGUGGCUGGUUCGUCUGGACGGGUCAGUGAACUUGACUCUGCAGGGAAAUGCUGGCAACUUGGACUUCCUAAAGAACAACGCGCUGAUUGUUGUGGCUGAAAACUUCACGGGCUGCCUCGGGCAGGUGAAGAUCGGGGGGAUCUACCUGCCCUUCACUGCCCACCCCUCCUACCCGCAGCCAGAGCAGUUCCAGCGUGCGGGCAGCGGGGACAUCCCGCUGGGCUGCGCCGGGGCCGACGUCUGCGCCUCCAGCCCCUGCCUCAACGCCGGCACCUGCCAGGACCUGUUCAACUCCUUCCGCUGCGCCUGCGGCCCUGGCUGGGGGGGGCUGCUCUGCGAGGCCAACCUCGACGAGUGCCAGUCCAGCCCCUGUGUUCACGGGGACUGCGUGGAUGGGGUGGCAGAUUUUCAGUGCGAAUGCUUCCGGGGGUUCAUUGGGAAGAGAUGUGACAUCAACGUCGAUGACUGUGUGCGGCACCAGUGCCUGAACGGAGCCACCUGCGUGGAUGAGGUCUAUGGCUACUCCUGCAAGUGCCCUCCUCAGUAUUCGGGACCUCGCUGCGAAUGGCCCUUCCCCCCCGAGCAAUGUGGGAAGAACUUCACCUGUCUGAAUGGUGGGAAGUGCAUCAGCGAGAGCUGGGGAGCCAACUGUUCCUGCAAGCCAGGCUUCACGGGAAGGAAUUGUCAAAUUAACAUAAAUGAGUGUGACCCAAACCCUUGCCAGAACGGAGGGACGUGUCAGGACUCUGAGAACAGAUACGAGUGUGUGUGCAGCGCCAGCUACACGGGAGAGCGCUGCGACGUUAACAAGGGGACUCCAGGUGCUCUCUUCCCCUCCCCACUAAUUGAAGUAGCUGUCCCUGUAGCCUGUGGCUCUUUGCUGCUCCUCAGUAUCGGGCUCAUAUUCAUGAUUCUCACUGCAAGGAAGAGGCGUCAAUCAGAGGGAACCUACAGCCCGAGUCAGCAAGAAGUGGCAGGAGCUCGGUUGGAGAUGGACAGUGUCCUAAAGGUGCCACCUGAAGAGCGGUUAAUAUAGGCACUGUCCUGGCAAGGAGAUGCACCCACAAGGUCUGCUUUGACCUUGGGCUGGUCCCAGCGCUCGCGCAGCAGCUCCUCUCCCAGUUCCCUUAAGGGCCGCGAUGAAGACCUGGACUUAGCAGUGAAGGCCGAGCGCGGGGCGGGAGCUGCUCCGGCCGGGCCAGGGAAUGGCAGCCACUGCACACACUGGCUCAAAGGGAGCCCCCUCCUCCCGCCCCACGGACUGCCCCACGGGACCUGCUCUCACCUUCCUCUGGCUCCUUUCAGGCAGCAAUGGCAUAGUUAAAUCUGCUUUAAAAGGCAGGGUUAAAUUAGGCACUAAUUUACAGAUUGAGAUCUAUACAUGUAAGGAGUGUUGUAUAGAGGGUAUUUAUGAUGGGUUUGUAUAUACUGGUCUGUGUUUGCCAACAGCUGAAUCGCGUUCAAAGCUUUCUCAGCUCAGGUGUGCGAGGUUUUCACAAGCAGAGCCUUCAACAGCAACAGCAGCUGCAGCUCCCGCCCGGCGACAGCCACAGCCUGACAGGGAGUGGGGGGGAAUCUCUGAAGCCAUUGCAGGAAGCAGUGGUUUGUGACGUGCUCCCCGUUAGACAUUCCCCGGGUACCGCACAGGGAAGGGGCA